AUGUCUUUAUCUACGAACACGAAUCCUGCGCACCUGCAAAUGCCAGGGUUCAAUGUUGCUCUGAACGCAACGCUUGGGAUUGGUCACUCUAGGAUGGCUGGUGGGUUUCCCAAUGGGUUGGAUGAAACUCAUUUGGAGCAUGGGAGCGUGGAUUCUUUGAAUGUUCAUCGGGAAAUCUUGAUGAUGCGCGUUAUGAAUUCGAUUACUGAUAAACCGGAAUGGGAUCGAAAGGUCUUUGAUCUCAACAUCACGUCAAAAUGGCGAGAUGAGAUCACAAACAGUGGCCAAGAUAUCACACCCCGGAUGAUGGACUGGGUAAUCAAAGAACUACAAUGGAAAGCCGGGAUUUUCAACGAAACAGGCUACGUUCAGGUAUUCGAUACCGGUGUGAUAAAAUCCGACGCCGUAAUUUCGCAAGAAUUGCGCCAGGCGUUAAAAGACGCGUCGAUGCCUCUUAGCAAUAUCCCAGACGCCGAAAAAGAUUACCACCCGGGCUCGGAUAACAAGGUAGUUGAUCUUGUCCACCCUUCUCUUUUCCCCGUCAUUUAUGGUCGAACGCGCGUCCUUCCGGACAGAACUAUCGGACUGGAUGACAGUAUCGAAGCUAUGGGUUAUGGUUCGAUAGUGCCCCAGCCAACAGAUGAGCAAAUUCUUCAGUUCACUCGCUUUCGGCCACACAGGAUGUCGAUACCGGUAUUUAGCAAAAGUUUCCAGUGGUUACCCUGUGAAGUGGAAUUCACUGAGGAAAGGUGCAAGAUCGUCUCUUAUAUCAAUAACCUGCAUCCGGAAAAGCAUAGAGACCUGUAUGGUUUUAUUGAAAAAGUUAUUUCCAAGACGAUUCCGCUUUGGAACAAGAGUCUUGAACCGAGACCGUUCAAGGGGAGAAUCCAUUAUAAGCGGGUGGAAUAUGGCGAGCAUUCGGAGCCGGAACCGCAGCACCCUGGUGAGCACUGGGAUGACGAGGCGCCGGAGUGGGAGACCUUUGAUGAAGAUGCUUGGGGUGAAAUUGUGGAUGGAUGGGCUGCGACUCGUCCUAUUUUACUUCCUGAACCCGGGGAGUUCAAGCCUAGAACGAACUUAUGGUGGGAUCGGGUUGAUCUCCGGAAGAAAUUUCCCGGUCAAAGAUUGCAGGUUAUUGUCAAGAUGGCUAAUAUUGAACUUACUCCCGAUAACCCUGAGUAUGAGGGAGGUAGCUGGCACAUUGAAGGACAAUUGAAUGAACGAAUCGCAGCCUCAGCAAUCUACUACUACGACAACGAAAACAUAACACCAAGCAAUCUAUCCUUCCGCCAACGCGCCGGAAGCGAUUUCUAUGAACCAGACUACGAACAAGAGAGACACGAAUUCAUCCAAGCAGUCUACGGCUUCAACGAAGCAAAUACCCGGGGCAGAACAAACAUCACGCAAGAACUCGGAGGCAUAAAAUGCGACGAAGGCCGAUUGAUUACAUUCCCCAAUACCCUCCAGCAUCGGGUAUCGCCUUUUCAACUCGCAGACAAGUCCAAGUCCGGCCAUCGGAAAAUUCUCGCGCUUUUCUUGAUCGAUCCACAUCGGAGGGUUAUUUCUUCUGCGAAUGUGCCGCCGCAACGGGAGGAUUGGUUCCCUUCGGAGCGGGGGCGGGAGGAUCGUAGCGAUUGGGAACAAGUGGUACUGAACUCGGAUACUCCCCCUUGGCCGGGCCCGGGUCGGGGUGAGUUGAUGUCGAUGGAUGAGGCGAAAGAGUCUAGGUUGGAACUUAUGGCGGAGCGGAGUUUGAGGUCUGCGGAACGGAAUGAGAAUUUUGAAGUUGGGGAGUUUAAUCUUUGUGAGCAUUAG